UCGCAGGUGGUUCCUGAUAUGUCACUUGCACAUCUGGAGUUUCGCGUGUGUCUACGUUGCGUCUGCUGAUAGUUCCUGGAGAAACGCUCGGUAGCUGACUGAUUAAUUUAGACCAAUACAACCGAAAGCUCACACUACAACAGACCAAACUACGAUAUACAAUGGCUCAUUGCACAGGAAUGACGAACUGCAAACAAGAGAAGCCAAGAAGAGUCGCUAUUAUCACGGGGAUCACCGGGCAGGAUGGCUCCUACUUGGCUGAGUUUCUGCUGGAGAAAGGCUAUGAGGUUCAUGGUAUUCUCCGCAGGUCUAGCUCCUUUAACACUGGCCGAAUCGAGCACCUUUACCACAACCCUCAGACACACACAGAAGGAAGAAGUGAUCAUUCAUCAGCUUACAUGAAGUUGCAUUAUGGAGACCUAACGGACAGCACUUGCCUGGUAAAAAUUAUCAGUGAAGUAAAGCCCACAGAAAUCUACAACCUGGGGGCCCAGAGCCACGUUAAGAUCUCCUUUGACCUGGCAGAGUACACUGCAGAUGUGGAUGGUGUGGGGACGUUGCGUUUGCUGGACGCAGUAAAGACCUGUGGGUUAACAGACACCGUGCGCUUCUACCAGGCCUCCACCAGCGAGCUCUACGGGAAAGUACAGGAGAUCCCACAGAAAGAAACAACACCCUUCUACCCCCGCUCACCUUAUGGUGCUGCCAAGCUCUAUGCCUACUGGAUAGUGGUGAAUUUCAGAGAGGCAUAUAAUCUCUUUGCUGUGAAUGGAAUUCUCUUCAAUCAUGAGAGCCCUAGAAGAGGCUCUAACUUUGUGACGCGGAAAAUCAGUCGUUCUGUGGCAAAGAUCCACCUUGGCCAAUUAGAGUGCUUCAGCCUGGGUAAUCUAGACUCGAAGAGAGACUGGGGACACGCCAAAGACUAUGUGGAGGCCAUGUGGCUGAUGUUGCAGCAGGGAGAGCCAGUGGACUUCGUCAUCGCUACAGGAGAGGUGCACAGUGUGAGGGAGUUUGUGGAGAGAGCUUUUAAACACAUUGGCAAAACCAUUGUAUGGGAGGGGAAAGCUGAGAAGGAAGUGGGCAGGUGUCAGGAGACGGGUGCCGUCCACGUCAGGGUGGACCCCAAAUACUACCGCCCCACUGAAGUGGACUAUCUGCAAGGCGACAGCACUAAAGCUUUCGAGAAACUUGGAUGGAAGCCUCAGGUGACAUUUGAGGAGCUUGUGAAGGAGAUGGUGGAUGCAGAUGUUCAGCUCAUGAGGAAUAACCCAAAUGCAUGAGCCCACAUGCCAAAGUACUACAUACCAAGGAAGUGUGUCUGUCUGUCUGUCUGUCUGUCUGUCUGUCUGUCUCUGUGUGUGUGUGUGUGUGUGUGUGUGUGUGUGUGUGUGUGUGUGUGUGUGUGUGUGUGUGUGUGUGUGUGUGUGUGUGUGUGUGUUUCUGACACAUGAAGAAGCAUGCUUUAGUACCUGUCUUUCUUUUUAGACAUUCAGUGCUUCUGUCUACUGUUCCUCUAGAUGGAAACUCAUUGCUGCCAUUCAAAUUCCACAUUCCUCAGCAUAUUUCUAAUCAUGAGUCUAUGGGACCUCUUAACAUUUUUUCUGUUUAAAUUAUUUUUUCUGGUUUACCCAGUUUCUCUUCAGUAGCAUUAUAAUUCUAAUAAGGACAUGUUGGCAUAUUUAAUGAAAUUCUAGUUUUAUAAGAGUUAUAGUGUGAUGGUUUUUUUUAGUCUAAACAUGGAUUUUACUUGACAGUCUUCUUAUAUUAUGUUAUUAGCUCAAGAAGAUGAUUAAUUAUCCUGAAAACAAAUGACAAAUUAAAUAGCUUGCCUUUAAUAAUGUUUUUAAUCUUGAACUUUCCAUAUGAUUUUUUUCCUGGGUUUUGUUUAUUAAAGGGGAUUUACCAUAAUUUUAAUAAUGAUUUCCCUUCUUAUGAUUGUUGGUAUUCAAUUGUUUAAGCAAUUAAAUAACUUUGGUUGACAAAAAUAUUAAAGGAUUUAGUUGCCUGCAUAUGAU